GUAUACUCAAGAGCAAAUGACCAAGAACCAUGUGGAUGGUGGUUAGCUAAAGUUCGAAUGAUGAAAGGAGAAUUUUAUGUCAUUGAAUAUGCUGCUUGUGAUGCUACUUACAAUGAAAUAGUCACAUUUGAACGACUUCGGCCUGUCAACCAAAAUAAAACUGUCAAAAAAAAUACCUUCUUUAAAUGCACAGUGGAUGUUCCUGAAGAUUUGAGAGAAGCGUGUGCUAAUGAAAAUGCACAUAAAGAUUUUAAGAAAGCAGUAGGAGCAUGCAGAAUAUUUUACCACCCAGAAACCACGCAGUUAAUGAUACUG